UGCUCUCAGCAGGUUUUGGUGGUUGUUUUCUCCUGGGGAGAGGUGGGAGACAUUGGGAUUUCUUUGCAGGGAACUCUUUGGGCUCAGGGCUGUUGAAUUGCUCCCUUCCUCCCUCUCCAGGCUGUCCCUUGUGCCCAGGCUGUGUUUCCUCCUGCCCAGCAGCAUCUCCCUCUGUGCCUCACAGCCCGUGGGUGCUUUUGCUGCCCUCUCUGCAGGUGCUGUUCCAGCCACAGCCAUGUCCUGCUACGACCUGUGCCGGCCCUGCGGCCCCACCCCGCUGGCCAACAGCUGCAACGAGCCCUGUGUCCGGCAGUGCCAGGACUCCCGCGUGGUCAUCCAGCCCUCACCCGUGGUGGUCACCCUGCCCGGGCCCAUCCUCAGCUCCUUCCCCCAGAACACCGCCGUGGGAUCCUCCACCUCCGCCGCCGUGGGCAGCAUCCUGAGCGAGGAGGGAGUGCCCAUCAACUCGGGCGGCUUUGGGCUCUCGGGGCUCUCUGGCCUUGGUGGCCGCUACUGCGGCCGCAGGUGCCUGCCCUGCUAGAGCUGGGCCGGACGUCCAGUGAGUGCCUCGCCAAGCCAAGUGUCCCCUGGAGCUGCU